AUUUCACGUCAUUUCUGUGAUGGUUAAGGUUAAGAAUAGGGUAAUGGUUAGGGUUAGGGAUAAGGUUAGGUUUAGGGCUGGAAUACAUGGCUGGAAGGUCUAUUACCGCGGGACCGUCAUUCCACUGGAAUUCAUCCAUAACCCGCCGCGUACCAUCAGAACGCGGCAGGUCACCUUUCGCGUUCCUCACGAACGCCGCGGGACGUGACAAAACGUCGGUAUGCUACGCCCUGGGAGUGUGCUGCACAGCCUUUCAAAGCAGUGACGGUCCCCGGCCCUCCUGCUGAGCCUCCUCCUGUGGGGACAGAGGAGGUGCGGACUGCUUUCAGCACUACAGACCGCGAGACGUCGCCCGACGCUGCAGUAAUCCAGCCGGAGAUGAGAUUAGGUUACAGGGGGUUGAUAUCAAUCUCGUCCCCCGGGUUAAAAUCUGGUACCCAUUAGAGAUCAUUUCAAAGGUUGGGGAAGGUGGAGGGGAGCACCGCGACAUUUCUGCCCAGUUUCUGUUUUGCGUAUUUAGGCUCAUAUCUCAUGUCCUUCAAGGAUUUAAAAAAUAAUUUUAAUAUCAGCCUCCCUGCGGUAAUAGAUUAAACAUGCUGUUUGGGGAUGUGUUAUCAUCUGAUUUAUCACGGCAGCCCCACAUUCCUGCAAAACACUGCAGAGUAUUUUCCAUUGCUUCCACAGAACAGGAGAGAAUCCUGCAGGAAAAAAUAGCAGGCAUACAAAAACUAAAAUCAAAAACUUACAGAUUCAAGAAAAAGUCUUAUGGCUGCUUGAGAGCUGUACUUCAAAGGUAGAAAAAAGUUUGCAUGACCCAGGUGCAUGGAUAAAUUAGUGAAAAACUAUAAAUAUGCAUUUUUAUUGCCAUGAUGUCUAAAUGAGCUCUGUUUGAUAAAGCACAAUAACACCCUCAUGACAAAAUGGCUAUAUAGAUGGUUGUACUUCCUCUAGAAAUAACUUUUUUUGCUGAGAAGUGUCCGCUGUUUAUCCAAAUUAGACUGUAAGGUUCACUGGGGGCCAUUUUUCUUUAACUCUUCCAGGUGUUGUGAUAAUUCCUGGACACUUCCUGUAUCCACAGUCUUCAGAUCACUGAUCAAACACAGAGCUCCAGCUGCAUCCUCCCAGAGUAACAAGGAACAUCAAAGAAAUGAGACAGGCCCACUCUUCCGUCUUCACAGUCCAGCUCCAGGUGUGCGGCUGGAAUUUUCCAUCAGGAUCUUGAGUCUACCUGGUAUCGCCCCUGGGCAGGGACAUCUUCUCCUUUGCAGUUCUACACACUUGGAGCUGAUUGCAGGCAAUCAAGCCAGAGUGAUUUAAGCCUCACGCUGACGUUCAGUCACUGCCGGUUUGUCAUCAACUCAUUUCCUGGACUCACCUUGACUCAAACCUCAAGCUUAAGCUCCUCUUUUGGACUCAGGAUACCUUACCCAAUCUUGGAAAUCACUCUGUGCCUCACCUGCCUGCCCUUCCGCUAUCACGCUAUCAGGAACCUUCAGCUCUCAGGUCAGCCAUCCCACACCGUCACUCCACCUGCAAUGUGACUGCUAAACUGCUACGUUCCAGUGUACAUCAAUUCCCCCCUCUCAAUCCACAUCAAGCUAGCCAUGUAAACGAGGCCUCGCCACGUCAAGUCCUGUGUUUUAUUGCCUCCGUCCUUAUCACAUUUUGAGCUUGAGGCAGGAUGUGGAGGUUUCUUGCUCAGAUUCUCUUCAUCGCUGAAGUCAUGCUCUGUGCCGCCGACUCUCCUCCGAUCAGCGAGGAAACACUGAAAAGGCUUUCCGCAGAUGGAGAGCAGUAUGUUGAUGAGGAGCUAAAGGGAACUUUGCUCGGAGUGAAGCAGGUGAAGGAAAUGAUGGAGAAGAAAGAAGAGAAGCACAGGCACCUGAUGGAUGCACUGAGGCACAGCAGUGAUAAGAAGAAGGGGGUGAUGCAGCUGGCCAAAGAAACACAGCAAAAACUCGAGGAAGCCGAACAACAAUGUCAAGAUUUAACCAAAUCAUCCUUUGGGGAGUGCCGACCAUGUUUGGAAGAUUCUUGUAAGGCCUUCUAUACAUCUACGUGUCGCCGCGGCUUCGCCUCUUUCUCGUUCAAGGUAGAGGAGUUUUUCAGGAAAAUGGCCACUAAGUUAGAAGAUGCCGAGCAGGUCCACAAUAAAAAUGAGGAGAAUUCAGGUGGAAGUGUCGCAGCUGAAAACCAGGUCACAGAGGACAAAUCCAAUAUGGAGCUGCUGCAGGCUGAAGCAUCGUUCAGCGAGCUGUUGUCAAACAUCAGCCUUUUGUACAACCAGAGCAUUGGUCUGGCCAAGAAGAUGCAACCUGUGUUUGGUCACGCCUUUCUAGAAACCUUCGCUACUGAGCUCCAAUCCAGCACGCUUUCGACCAGAGGGUCAAGCUCUGGCUUCCUUGGGUCGGUGGGUUUGGAGCACGUUCUUCACUCAGUGCUUGACUUUGGGAAGAGCAUGCUGGGAGGCUUCAGUGCCCCAGUGGCUGAUUUGUUUGAGGAGAUAAAAGAAGCUGAAGAGUACGUUCAGCAAUCAAGUCGAGAUACAGGCUCGUUUUCUGCAAUGGGACCGCCGCAGAGCGGAUAUAUGUGCAGGAGACUCCGCAGACAAGCAUCAGAGUGCUGGAAGCUUCAAGACCUGUGUGAGACGUGCAGGGAUUAUCUGUUAAACGCAUGCCCCAGCGUGCAGCAGUUGCACUCUGAGAUGGAGGAGAUGUACAUGCUGCUGAACGCCUCCCGUCAGCAGUAUGACGGCAGGCUGCAGCUGGUCCACAGACACACGGCAGACACUCAGAUGUGGCUCAGCAGCAUGCAUGACAAGUAUGGCUGGGUCAGCCAGCUGUCCAACAGCACAGUGGACCCACACAGCAUCUUCAGUGUGAUAUUGGUGAGUCCACAGCAACAGAUAAAGAAUAACAAGCCUAAAGCAGACAGCAGUGUCACUGUCUCCGUAAUGGAUUCAGCCCCAGUAACCAUACUGGUCCCAGCAGAUCUGGAGGUGGAUGACCCUGCUUUCAUCCAAAAUGUUGCUCAAGAGGCUCUGACACUAUAUAAACGGCAGAUAAAAGGAAUGGAGUAAUGUGAUCAUACCACCAUGGGAACAGUUUCUUUAUGCAGAGUGAAGAGUCCAGGACAUUCAGGUUUUCUCGUGCACAAUUAAGCUGAUCUGUAUAAUACUUGAAAAUGCACCGCAUAGACCUCUAAACCUUUAUAUGCACAGUUUAUGUUGUUCUUGUUCAUGUAUUUGGAUGCUUAGAUUUUUAAACGUCUACGCAAUAAAACAGUGUACACUCCUCAAA